AUGGACACUGUUGAUCAGCUGCGUCAGCAGUUCCAGUUUGAUGAUAGCGGUUUGGACUUCUUUGGUGCCCAAGACGACAUCGAAGCUGAAAAAGAUGUAGAUGAAACUCAAGAAGAAGAACAGAGACUACGUGACUAUAGAAAUAGUCUCAUUGAUCUCAAUUCUUCUAGAAUAAGGACUCUUUAUGAUCAAAGACGCGAUCUUGAAACGUCAAAGAGAUCAAAUGUCAUGACCGAAGAAGAAUUCAAUGAGAUCGCUUCAGUAGUCGAAUUGGCAAUUACAAGAAUUGACAGUGUUGUUAAUAGACAUCCAAGUCUAUUUAAGGUCUCCUUUUUAACAUAA